AUGGCUGCUUAUCUUCUUCUUCUCUCCGUGAUUGGAACUCUCUUUGCUCUCUCCUCUCUUGUUUCAUCCGAUCAAGUGAUUGUUGUGGGAGAAUCGAAGGGAGAAACGAAAGAGAUUCGGUUCAGUCCUAGUUUAGAGGUUAAGGCUUCUCCUGGAUUGAAGCCAUCGAUAACUACAUUGUGUGAGAGGAUACACAUUCAAGGCAUUGCACGGUUUGAGCAUAUGCAUAAGUAUGCAAAUGCUCUCAAGUUGACACUUACGGCCUCUUCAGCAGAAGAUGAUAUACAUGUUUGCUUUCAUAGGAAUGUGACACGUGCAGUUGGAAUGUGUCCAGUUUAUUUUUGGAAGAAAGUCUCUAAUGGUUUGUGGAUUGGUGUAAUGUCCCCAUUCGACCAAAAAAUCGUUGAUAUAAGAGCAGCUAGGUCCACAGUUGUCGCCUUUGAAGUUUCCAUUGUGGAAGAGUGGUUCGUGUUUCGUAUAGCAUGCUUGCUCAUUGGAACCCUUCUAGUGAGCUCAUCUUCUACACUGAGCAGGUCUUUAGCGUUUUACAACGUUGUUACCUUCUCUGUCGGUUAUCUACUCAUUGCCCUGCUUCUCCUAAAUUUGCUAUUCAGUCAUCUACCUUCUGGACGAACUCCUUCAGGAUUGUUCAUCCAUUCAUCCUUGGUUGCUUUUGUUGGUGUUGUUGUUUACCAUUCAUCGGCUUUACAUCUAUUUAUGUUAAGAUCGAUGGGGAUUGAUAAAGAAUUGGAAAUGAUGCUAAAAGUCAUUUUGCUCUGGUAUGCAUAUCUGACUGGGACACUCCUCGCAAUUAUUAGUAUGCGGAGACUUCUUAUCAAUGAAGAUAUGUCAAUUGACAUUCAAAAGUCCAACUUUCUUUCUUGGUCUUUUUUAAUCAUCGGUUGUCUUCUGAUUCUUCAGAGCUCCGUUGAUUAUCUUCUUGCUGGAGGAACAUUGAUUACCGUGAUUCUUGUGUCAAAGUUGGAAUCGACAGGUGGCGAGAAUGAGCAUUGUCUCCGUGUCAUGGGUGUGUCCACAAUGCAAUGA